AACCAAGCUUCAGAGAGAAGAUAUUUCACAUUACAGUGAAGGAGAAUUCUGAACAAGAUGAAUGAAAAAGUCUUCCUCCUGCUUCUGGGCUGUGUGACGGGGCUGGUGACCAGUCUACCUCUAUCUGCACAAAUACAGUACAAUCUACUUGAAGUGAACAAAGAUGUGCAGUGUGGAGGAUCCUUCUUUGACUCUCAAGGCCGCUUCACAUCUCCGGGAUACCCAGGGAACUACAGUCCAAACAUGAAUUGUAACUUCACCAUCACAGCUCCUGUUGGAAAUAAGAUUGCUCUGACCAUAAGUGACUUCCAUUUAGAGUCUUCCAGUUUCUGUAUGUACGACUAUCUAACACUCUUCAUGGAUGGUACAAAAAGGGGUCCAUUCUGUGGGGAUCGCACCAUCCCUGUGCUUUACUCCAAAGGCAACUCUAUAGUUCUCGUAUUCCACAGUGACCAGUCUACCCAGGCAAAGGGCUUCCAAGUCUCUUACACCUUCUCCCCAAAGAGUGAAGACUCCGAAGUGCCACAAGGGAUCUUCAGCAAGAUUUUGAAAGCUAAUAAAGAUAGCAAAACACCCAUGUAUGGAGGCGAUGUGCUGGUACAGAAUGAGCGCAGUGCCAUGAACUGUCCUUCUUGCCUUUGGCCUAAAAGUGAUAGUGGUAGUGUUCUUGUUCCCUACACCAUAGAUUCCCGCUACAGUGCCAGUGACCUGAACAGUAUUGUGCUCGCCAUGGCCGAGUUUGAAACAUUGACUUGUGUGAGGUUUGUGCCUCUUACAACAGAAGAUGAUUACAUCAACAUCACUCCUGGUGAUGGCUGUUACUCAUAUCUUGGAAGAACUGGUGGAAGCCAGACAGUUUCAUUGGGUGGAGGCUGCAUCUACAGGGGGAUUAUACAACAUGAACUAGAACAUGCCCUGGGCUUCUACCAUGAGCAUGUAAGAAGUGACCGUGACAAUUAUGUUGACAUCAAUUUCCAGUAUAUCCCUAAAGGAAAAUUGGGUAAUUUUGCUAAAGCGGACACCAAUAACCUGGGCAGUCCAUAUGAUUACGGUUCAGUGAUGCAUUAUGAUGCCUAUGCAUUCACCAACACUUCAAACAAACCCACAAUUGUCCCCAAGCCUGACCCCAAUGUGCCUAUUGGGCAGACAAUUGGACUGAGCGUCUUGGAUGUCACUAAAAUUAACCGACUUUAUCAAUGCAGUGUCUGUGCGACUUUGCUUAAUAAUAAGACAGGAAUUUUCACUUCUGACAACUAUCCCUCUGCUUAUCCUGAUAAUGGUGACUGCGUUUGGUUGAUCAGAGUUCCAUCAGGGAAGGCUUCAUUGAAAUUCAGUACCUUUAAUAUCCAAUCCACUCCUAACUGUGACUCAGACUACAUGAGGAUCUAUGACGGUCCCUCUAAGAACUCUCCUGUGUUGUUGGAUAAAAUAUGCGGAAGUCAAACUAUCCCUCCAAUCAUCGCUUCCACAAGCCAGAUGCUAGUCCAGUUUGUCAGUGACGGGGCUGUUGCUGGGGUCGGCUUCCAAGCUUCAUAUAGCUCAGUGAAGUGUGGAGGAACCUUCUUUAACUCUCAAGGCAGCUUCACAUCUCCGGGAUACCCAGGGAACUACAGUCCAAACAUGAAUUGUAACUUCACCAUCACAGCUCCUGUUGGAAAUAAGAUUGCUCUGACCAUAAGUGACUUCCAUUUAGAGUCUUCCAUUAUGUGUAUGUACGACUAUCUAACACUCUUCAUGGAUGGUACACAAAUGGGUCCAUUCUGUGGGGAUCGCACCAUCCCUGUGUAUUACUCCAAAGGCAACUCUAUGGUUCUCGUAUUCCACAGUGACAAGUCUACCCAGGCAAAGGGCUUCCAAGUCUCUUACACCUUCUCCCCAAAGAGUGAAGACUCCGAAGUGCCACAAGGGAUCUUCAGUCAGAUUUUGAAAGCUAAUAAAGAUAGCAAAACACCCAUGUAUGGAGGCGAUGUGCUGGUACAGAAUGAGCGCAGUGCUAUGAACUGUCCUUCUUGCCUUUGGCCUAAAAGUGAUAGUGGUAGUGUUCUUGUUCCCUAUACCAUAGAUUCCCGCUACAGUGCCAGUGACCUGAACAGUAUUGUGCUCGCCAUGGCCGAGUUUGAGACAUUGACUUGUGUGAGGUUUGUGCCUCUUACAACAGAAGAUGAUUACAUCAACAUCACUCCUGGUGAUGGCUGUUACUCAUAUCUUGGAAGAACUGGUGGAAGCCAGACAGUUUCAUUGGGUGGAGGCUGCAUCUACAGGGGGAUUAUACAACAUGAACUAGAACAUGCCCUGGGCUUCUACCAUGAGCAUGUAAGAAGUGAUCGUGACAAUUAUGUUGACAUCAAUUUCCAGUAUAUCCCUAAAGGAAAAUUGGGUAAUUUUGCUAAAGUGGACACCAAUAACCUGGGCAGUCCAUAUGAUUACGGUUCAGUGAUGCAUUAUGAUGCCUAUGCAUUCACCAACACUUCAAACAAACCCACAAUUGUCCCCAAGCCUGACCCCAAUGUGCCUAUUGGGCAGACAAUUGGACUGAGCGUCUUGGAUGUCACUAAAAUUAAUCGACUUUAUCAAUGCAGUGUCUGUGCGACUUUGCUUAAUAAUAAGACAGGAAUUUUCACUUCCGACAACUAUCCCUCUGCUUAUCCUAAUAAUGGUGACUGCGUUUGGUUGAUCAGAGUUCCAUCAGGGAAGGCUUCAUUGAAGUUCAGUAACUUUAAUAUCCAAUCCACUCCUAACUGUGACUCAGACUACAUGAGGAUCUAUGACGGUCCCUCUAAGAACUCUCCUGUGUUGUUGGAUAAAAUAUGCGGAAGUCAAACUAUCCCUCCAAUCAUCGCUUCCACAAGCCAGAUGCUGGUCCAGUUUGUCAGUGACGGGGCUGUUGCUGGGGACGGCUUCCAAGCUUCAUAUAGAUCAGUGCAGUGUGGAGGAACCUUCUUUAACUCUCAAGGCAGCUUCACAUCUCCGGGAUACCCAGGGAACUACAGUCCAAAUAUGAAUUGUAACUUCACCAUCACAGCUCCUGUUGGAAAUAAGAUUGCUCUGACCAUAAGUGACUUCCAUUUAGAGUCUUCCAUUAUGUGUAUGUACGACUAUCUAACACUCUUCAUGGAUGGUACACAAAUGGGUCCAUUCUGUGGGGAUCGCACCAUCCCUGUGUAUUACUCCAAAGGCAACUCUAUGGUUCUCGUAUUCCACAGUGACAAGUCUACCCAGGCAAAGGGCUUCCAAGUCUCUUACACCUUCUUCCAGUAGAAGAGCAACAGAUGGCACAAAGAGAAAAUCUACCGGUUCUGGAAGGAAGCCGACAUCACUACAGGACACAAUGGGAAUUUGAUGGAACACGUAUAGAAAAGUUCACACAUUUGUAAACAUAUAUAUAAUGAUUAAAUGUACAUCGGAUCAUGCUAUUGUUUGCAUCUACAUUUAAAAAUACAAAAUAACAAUGCAUAAUUGUUUUCUCAUUUGAUUGGUAUUUUGAUUGGCUUGGUUAGGAAUAGAGGAGCUAAUUUUGGCGUCCUCUGGAUUCAUGGUGGUUUACAUUUAUUCUAAAGUGAUCAUUCUCAUUUCUUUAUCU